CCCUAUUUUUCAUCUUUCCCCCCCUCUUGCAUCAGACGCUCGCUGGAUUCUGGCGCUGGGGCCGAACCGGGAGGACUUUGACCAUUUCCCCACGGGGCUCGAUCCUCGGGGUGCCCGGAGUUAAGAAGCCACAGAGAGAGAAGACCGGGAGCAGGAGGACAGACCCCAGCCCCCCAGCCCCCUUCCCAUCCAGCUGCCAACAAUGCCCCCCACCCAUUUGUACUUAAGGGGAGAGCAGCCCAUGGACCGGGAAGUGGGGGAAAGGAGCCACAGGCCCAGCGACCCCGAGUUCGUGGGAGCCCUCCGUGGGCCUGGCCAGCCCCGGGCUCAUUCGUGAGCCUGCCCGUGCUGGAAUCCGGCCCCUGGCUCCUGGCGCCCGCCGCCUGCUCCUGCGUCCAGCCCACGUCCACAGCCUUCUCUUCCUCGGACCCCCCACCAGCUGCGUGCCGGACGCCCCCAAGGGGAUGGAGACAGUGGGGAAGUUUGAGUUCAGCAGGAAGGACCUCAUUGGCCACGGCGCCUUCGCCGUGGUCUUUAAAGGGAGGCACAAAGAGAAACAUGAUCUGGAGGUGGCAGUCAAGUGCAUUAACAAGAAAAACCUGGCCAAGUCUCAGACCCUGUUGGGGAAGGAAAUCAAAAUCCUGAAGGAAUUGAAACAUGAAAAUAUCGUGGCCUUGUAUGAUUUCCAGGAGGUGGCCAGCUCUGUGUACUUGGUUAUGGAGUACUGCAAUGGGGGUGACCUUGCUGACUACCUGCACUCCAUGCGGACCCUGAGUGAGGACACCAUCCGGCUCUUCCUCCAGCAGAUUGCAGGUGCCAUGAGGAUGCUGCACAGCAAGGGUAUCAUCCACCGGGACCUGAAGCCCCAGAAUAUCCUCUUGUCCUACUCUGGGGGCCGAAAGUCCAACCCCAACAACAUCCGGGUGAAGAUCGCUGAUUUUGGAUUUGCCCGUUACCUACAGAACAACAUGAUGGCGGCCACGCUCUGCGGUUCUCCCAUGUACAUGGCCCCUGAAGUCAUCAUGUCCCAACACUAUGAUGCCAAAGCUGAUCUGUGGAGUAUAGGGACAAUCAUCUACCAGUGUCUGACAGGCAAGGCCCCCUUCCAGGCCAGCAGUCCACAGGAUCUACGACUGUUCUAUGAGAAGAAUAAGACACUGUUGCCCAGCAUCCCCAGGGAGACAUCCAGCCACCUGAGACAGCUGCUUCUGGGCCUUCUUCAGCGGAACCACAAAGAUCGGAUGGACUUUGAUGAAUUUUUCCAUCACCCUUUCUUGGAUGCAAGCUCCUCCAUCAAGAAAUCUCCCCCAGUGCCCAUGCCCUCGUACCCCAGCUCAGGCAGUUCUUCCAGCAGCAGCUCUACCUCCCACCUGGCAUCGCCUCCUUCCCUCGGGGAGAUGCAGCAGCAGCUGCAGAAGACGCUGACCUCCCCAGCCCCGGAUCCUGGAGGCUUCCUUCAGGGCUCCAAGGACUCGGGUGGCAGCAGCAAGAACUCUUCCUGUGACACAGACGACUUCGUCAUGGUCCCUGCCCAGUUCCCAACUGACUUGACAGGGGAAGCCGCAGGAGCCAAGGCCACUCAGGACAGUCUGAUGUACAGUGGGAGCUCCCUGGUAACUUCAGCUGGGCUGGAGAGCCAGGGACGGACGCCGUCUCCCUCACCCCCCUACAGUGGUUCCCCCAGCCCCUCUGGCCGACCCAGUGCUUUCUCCAGUAGCAGGUACGGCCCGUCUGUCCCCAUUCCUGUCCCCACUCAGAUCCAGAACUACAGGAGAAUCGAACAGAACCUCCAGUCCCCCAACCAGUACACUCCGCCACCCCCACGGUCUGGCAUGGUUCGGAGGUCCAGCAGUACUAGCCCCCUGGGCUUUAAGACUGGCAUCUCCCCCCCGUGUUUCCCUGAGCAUGGAGCCACCUUUCCCAGGAAGUCUUCUUUGGGAGGUGCCAAGCCAUAUAACCCAUCUCCCCAAGCUGGAGCCGUCCCAGAGCGUCCAGGCCAGAGCGGGGUCCCCUCCCCACAAGGCACUGAGAUGUGUGGAGUUGGCAGCGGUGGCAGCAGGGUCUCCCGACCUGGCACCUCUCUCCCAGACCAUUCUCCCAGGGGGCUGGGCUACCGUCUGCACAGCGCCCCCAACCUCUCUGACCUGCACGCGGUGAGGCCCAAACUGCCUAAGCCGCCCACAGACCCUCUGGUGGCCCCCUUUGCUUACCCCCAGGCCAGUCCUCCCCAGCAGCACUAUGGGCUGCAGCCCUGUCGGACCCUGAGGGCAUCCCCGAAGCUGCCCGACUUCAUGCAGCGGAACCCCCUGCCCCCCAUCAUGGGCUCUCCCACCAAGGCUGUACCUGCUUUUGAGUUCCCCAAGACACCGAGUUCCCAGAACCUGCUUGCUCUUCUGGCCCAUCAAGGGGUAGUGGUGACCCCCACACGGAACAGGACUCUGCCUGACCUCCGAGAGAUGGGCCACUUCCAGAGCCCGCCCAGCCUGGGCUUGAGACCCGUGGAAGAGAUCAAAGGACCCUUUGGCAGGUCCCUCAGCACUGGCCGUCUCACUGACCUGCUCCUCAAAGCUGCAUUUGGGUCCCAGGCCCCUGAUACAGGGAGCAGUGAAAGCCUUCAGGAGAAGCCCAUGGAGAUAGCUCCCUCUGCUGGAUAUGGAGGGAACCUGCUCCCAGGGGCUAGGGCCGGGGGCUCUUCCAGCCCUUCCCCUGUCAUCUUCACAGUGGGCUCCCCUCCCAGUGGCACAACCCCACCCCAGAUCCCUCGGACCCGGAUGUUCUCAGGUCCCUGCUGGCUGCCUCUCCUUCACACACAUGCAGAUACCCUCCUGGGCUCCUCCAGUUCCCAGAGCUCAGGCAGCUCCUUCAGUGGUCGCCAUCUGAUCCCUGGCAUGGGAGGAGAGGCAGCAGAGGCCCCGGCCAAUCUGCGUUGCUACGGCUUCACCGAUCCCAUCACUGCCAACCUGGAGGGGGCCGUGACCUUCGAGGCCCCUGACUUGCCUGAGGAGACACUUAUGGAGCAAGAGCACACAGACAUCCUGCGUAGCCUCCGAUUCACACUGGCCUUUGUCCACUGUGUCAUGGAGAUGGCCUCUGCCAAGGGCAGUGCGGGAGAGAUGGGCAGCUCUGUGGCUUCCGAGUACCAGCUGCAGGAGAGCAUCGUGGCCGACCAGAUCAGCCUGCUGAGCAGAGAGUGGAGUUACGCAGAACAGCUGGUGUUAUAUCUGAAGGUGGCUGAGCUGCUCUCCUCUGGCCUGCAGACCGCUAUUGAACAGAUCAAAGCUGGGAAACUCUGCUUGUCCUCCACCGUCAAACAAGUCGUGCGGAAACUGAACGAGCUUUAUAAGUCAAGUGUGUCGUCCUGCCAUUGCCUGAACCUGCAGCUGCAGAAAUUCUUCCUGGAUAAGCAGAGGCUCAUGGACCGAAUCAACAGCAUCACUGCUGAGAAGUUAAUCUUCAACUACGCCGUGCAGAUGGUGCGUUCCGCGGCCCUGGAUGAGAUGUUCCAUCACCGAGAGGACUGCGUGCAGCGCUACCACAAGGCCUUGCUGCUCAUGGAGGGCCUCCAUCAGAUCCUCACGGAGCAGGCGGACAUUGACAACAUCAGCAAAUGCAAGAUGUGCAUUGAGCGGAGACUCUCGGCCCUGCUGUCUGGCAUUUGUGCCUAAGCCCCCAUGCAGCUCCUCUUGCCCACCCACCACCCUUUUAUGCUUCACGGGACAGCCGUCCACCCACUUGCCAACUGGGGGGCAGUUCCUGGCAGCCGUCUGGGCUGCAUCACGUCUGCAGUCUCAGCCAGACGGACUUGUCAGGACAAAGGCUUUUGGAUCCGUCUCCAAGAAUCCACAUCCCAGUUUUGGAGCCCUGUGACCUCUGCCUCCCUCCCAGGAACAGAGCAAAGGAGAUUAGAAGUCACUACAGUCAGUCACCGCUGGCGCAGCCACCCCAAAAGAGGGGGAGGUGUUUCUCUCCCUGAGGGAGACCACGGAACUUCCGUCCCCACUGUCCCUUGUCCUUUGAAGAGAGUCACGCUGCUACAGAAAUAACUUUUACCAUUUCCAGGGGUCAGGCCCCUCCAAUGCUACGUCCGUUGCAGGCAGUGGACACUGGGACACAAGGAGGGAACCCCAAGCAUGAAACCCUGACACCAGGCCAGUUACUUUUCCCACUCCUCCCCCCACCCCCGACCCCCCAUGCUUUCUGCCAGUCAAUCACUUUUCCAAGAUGGCUCUGCCCCCACCUGGUGCUGCCGCAGCAGACUAGCGACCUGCAGAUGGCCAGGGCUGGAGCCACCCAGGUGUGUGGGGAACCAAAAAAACCGACCCGACUGUUUGCCUCAAGAACUCGGAUCAUUUUUGUGUGCUGGAGCUCUUAACGCCAAAAUGUGCAUAUUCUCAGUGGCUUCGUCCUCAACAUGCUCAAAUGAGCCCAAAUGAGAAUGCACGUCAUCUCUUGCUUUUAAUCUGACUUUAAGGGGAAUUUAAAAAAAUGUAACAGAACAAAAAGCCCCUAAGCCAACCCAUACUAGCUUUGUGAAUCGGAAGGAGCACUUUACACACUAUGGUUGGAGAGGAGGACCUUUGAUCACGCUUCGCAGGUUCCCUGCAACCAUACUGACUGCUAGAAAAAGCUCUCAUCUUCUCACCUUUACUCCCCUCACACCCCCAGUUACUAUAUUGCACUACGAGCGUGUACAUAUAUAUAUAUAUAUAUAUAUAUAAAUAUAUGUGUGUGAGUGUGUGUAUGUUGUGUGUAUUUAACAGAACUGUAUCCUGUACUUGUGAUGGAAACAACAGAUGAGCACCACACUGUGCCAGCUUGGGACCUGCCGUUCCAAGAGAAGAGAUACAGUCCUUUUAAUUUAAUGUUCUUAUAAGGACAGACAGUAUGAAUAUAAAGCCUCCAGGCUUUCUAAUUUCAGAACAGACGUUGAAAAAUCUCACACACUUCAGACCUAAAAAAAAAAGUGUUUUUCUUUUUAAAGAAAAAAAAACUUGAUAUAGAGUUUUGGUUUUCUUUUUGUUGUUUGGGUGGGGGCUGGGUGUGUGUGGGUGCUUGUGUGAUUGUGUGAGGGAAAGCUCGAUGUUUCUUUUCUGAUGAGACUUUGGAGCCAAAAUGACACCACGGCUGAAUGGCUGAGUGUGUUUGCUUGGUGUGAUUGGCGCUGGGGCCCGACUGGCUGUGGAUGCAUGAAUGGAAAGGCGAGUUUCCGUUGGGUGUGGGCUCAGUGACCUCUUGGCUCUUCUGUGAACACAGGUCCUGGCAGCAGUAUUGUGCGAACCCCUGAGAGGAUGGUCUUCAAGACCACCUCUUUCCCAAGCACGCUUCUCCUUGGGUGACUAGUGACUCCCCAGCCGUGACAGAAUAUGGAUUUUAGUUUGCACGUUCUGUGCCAUUAAAAAACAACAUGUGCAAGAAACUUCCCUAAAGCCUGCGUUUGGCCCUAGCAUUCAGUGAGGGGACCUUCAUGCUCUGCAUCACAGGAACACCUUCACUGACUUGAGACCUUCUAAUGGGGCCCAUCGACUUCCAGGUCUUUGGCAGCCGGUUGAAAGGGGUCCAAUGGUCAUGGCCGGGUCUCCUGGCCUCCCCAACCCAUGAAUCCAGUUUCUUAGAGUACCUCCAGCUAGGGCAGGUAGUGGGGACUUACCCACAAACCUGAAGGGCAGUGGGUAGUGCCCCCCCCCUCCAUCCCAAGCCCCCAACUCAGGUAUAGGGCCCUGCUGUGUGCUUGAGAAGAUAAAGCCAUGUGAGUUGGUCAACCUGUUCCCCACCUGUGCUUCACAUUACUUGAAUGUAUCACAAGAGUCCCCAUUCAACCUAUGUAUGUAUAUAUAUACAUAUAUAUGUAUAUACACACACAAAUGUGUGUAUAUAUGUAUAUAUAUCAUAUAUAGACUCAUUGCCUUCCCCCACAAGUGGUUUACAAAUUUUAUAUAUGUAUAUAUAUAUAUAUACACAUGCAUACAUAUAUGUAUACGUAAGAUUCUUCUAGGUGUGUGUAUACACAUACGUAUGUGCACACAUAUAUUUUUUUCUCAAUACUUGAAACUUUGCCACUGCUUGGAAUUAAGAUGGGGGGGAAGAGCGUGCUGUUUCUGUUGCCAUAAGCUUGGCAACAUUUUCACCUAACUGCAUGUAGUGUGGUAACCUUCCCUGCUGAUCAGUGGUCCAUUAUGGAAUGCAAACACAUCUCAACAGGGAAACAUGGCACGGGGAUUGUUGCUGGCAUCCUCCAUGGGCCAGAGUUGUGUCUGUGGCCACAUUUGUGUGUUACUAGUGUCUCAAUAGGUAUUGAGAGCCUAAUGAUGAAUGCGUAGCUUCAGGAUUUCGUGGAAAGGACAGCCAGUUAUUCUUCACGGUAAUUAAUGCCUGAUAUGUGUUGUGGUGUUUUUUUUUUUCAAAGGUUCUGUUUGAGUGAUCCCCCUUUUUUUUUUCUUUGAAUUGUGUAAUAUCAAUUUAAAUAAACUGAUUUGAAAUUGUU